AUGGAGCUUACACAGCUGAAAACCGAAAGAAAAUGUCUAAGAACUUCCUUUACCACAUGUGCAAACAAAAUUGAUGCAGAACUGAAAUCAGAUAUUCCUGAUUUGAAGCUACUUUCGAUUCUGGAACAACAGCUUAGAGACAAGUUUAAUCGACUUGAAAUUUGCCAAAAGGAACUGUCGAAGAAUCCUUUACCUACUGAAUUACCAGAGAAGCGCAAAUUUAAACUGCCGAAGAUCGAACUAAAGAAAUUCAACGGCGAAGCAAAAGAAUUUUUGACGUUUUGGAGCCAGUUUUCGAAGAUCCAUGAAGAUCCGACGAUUCCAGAUGAAGAUAAAUUCCAGUACCUCCUGCAAGCAGUUGUUCCUCAGUCCAAAGCCGCACGGGUAGUGGAGAGCUUUCCGGCAACGGCGUCGAAUUAUCCGAAAGCAAUCGCCCAGCUUCGAGAGAGGUUUGGAAGAGAAGACUUACUUGUACAGAUAUACGUCAGAGAUCUUCUAAGCAUGGUUAUGCGUAAUGCAAGCAGUGGACGUGUGAAGACGGAUCUUCCCACUCUCUACGAUGAUUUAGAAACCAAGAUUAGAGCUUUAGAAAGUCUUGGAAGAACGCAAGAGAAGUAUGGUGAUUUCUUAACGCCUUUAGUUGAAUCCUGCCUGCCCGAAGAAGUAUUAAUUGCUUGGGAGAGAAACAGAAAUUUAAAAGAAGCACCUCAGCCUGAUGACCGAUGCCUUGAAAAUUUGAUGAAUUUUCUGAAACAAGAAGUGAAAGGAGAAGAGAUGGUCGUGUUAGCCCGCACUGGGUUUGACGGUAGAUAUGAACUUUGUUUACCUUUUAAAUCUGAUGUGGCCGAUUUGCCGACAAAUAAAGAUUUAACUUGGAAGCGGCAUAAAAGGAUGUGCCAGCGAGCACAAGAUAAAGCAUUUUUAGAAGAAUAUACUACGAUUUUCCGGGAAUGGGAAAAAUUGAAUAUAAUUGAAAAGGUAACUGAUAAUAUUGAGACGGGACAUUUUUUACCUCAUCGGCCAGUAAUUAAGGACAGUACCACUACAAAAAUCAGACCUGUCUUUGACGCGUCAGCCCGAGAAAGUGUGAAACCUCUUAUUCGGAACUUGUGUGUUUUCAAAGAUGUGAACGGAAUUAUCAGAGUUAAAACUCGAAUUACUGAACGCAUAGAUAAGCCUUUCUUCAUUUCACCUAUUCUUCUUCCUGAUAAAUGUAUCUUUACUCAAAGACUGAUUGAAUAUUUUCACCGAGAAAACUGUCAUGCUGGAACCCAGAUAUUACUAAGCAUAUUGCGUGAAAAGUACUGGAUUACAAGAGGAAGAAGAGCGAUACGUAGUGUUCUGAAGGACUGUAUUAAAUGUCGACGAUACAAAACUAAAUCUCUCAUCACUGAACCAGUUUCCUUACCUGCUGAUAGAGUGGAAAAUGCUGCAGCUUUCGAAGUAGUUGGUAUUGACUUAGCAGGUCCCCUAUUUGUAAAACGUGGGGACAAAGUAUGGAUGGUUCUCUACACACGUGUGCUCUUUAUAGAGCAAUUCAUUUAG